CAUCUCUAUAUAAUUAUGUGAAAUACGUUGACAGAGGGAAUGCAGAUUUAUCGUAUACUCGGGAAACGUAAAACUUUGCCGAACCAGGCUGUGCAAAGGUCUCCUAUAAACUGUAACCUCUUGAAGAGAGAGAACGUGUUCGUUCAAAGAGAGCCAUGUUCGCAAAACCGAGUACAUAACGCGAUUUCGUAUAAUCGAAGGUGUAGAAAAUAUGCCUGAAAUACGAAUCAAGAGAACGCGUAAUGCAUCCACGAAGCUCGUUUAAUUGAAACGAAUAUACUAAACAUUUCUUUGCUCGUGUUCGUCGCAAGUAUAGUCUUGCGUAUGAUCUGCAUGUUACAAAACAUACACGAUCUACAGUCGAGUUGCGACAAAUUUUUCAUCGAGAUACUCCUUUUACCGAAAUGUUCCACUGUUUCAAGUAGAAACGUUAUUUGAAAAAGGCGAACACUCGUAUUUUUGGAAAGCACGGCGCGCUCGGACGACUACCAUUGGGUUGGCAACUAAGUGAUUGCGGAUUUUGUCAUUAGAUGGUAACGAGAAAAUCCGCAAUCACUUAGUUGCCCACCCAAUAUAUGCGCGUUCGCGGUUCGCUCAGUUUCUUCCGGCGGAUCGUCGCGAGUAAAAUGGCCGCCGUACACAAUCGUCGACAGAGCGGCGAAGAUAAUCUCACAGAUAUAAAAAUUACGAUUCAUGUUGCCUUAAAUCUGCUGCCGAGCUCGGUAAUAUUCCGUGGCAUUGUGUACGUGCAGGAAAUAUUCGUCAGUUGGCGCGAGAACGCAAGAAUUCACGAUGCGCAGGUCGACUCGAUCGCCUCUGGCCAGCGUCUACCCGCAGAAACACGAGACUCUCGGGGCCACGUUUUAUUUAUACGUUGCCCUACGACCCGCUGUUUCGACAGCGAUGGCAAAAAGCGUUAACGCCGGUUCGGCCGAGCGAAAUCGAGACACGUCGAGCCGCUGUUUAACAAACAAUCGCCACACCGUUUUAUGCUCGUCGAUGGAGUUCUCCGACGGUCUAAUCAACGAUCAGAGAUGGGCGCGCGUAAUCGAUUAAGAUAGCAGCGACUGAUUCGGUUAUCAUAACGGAGACAGCCGACACGAGACGAGUUGGAGCGAACGAAGAAGACGGAUAAAAAAACAGCGUCCGCGGAUGGCAAAGAAUUCGAAGGCGAAUUAAUCAGAGAAUCGGGAAUCGCGUGGUGGGACUUGAGUUCGUGAUCCCAAGAGCGUUCCUUGCCCCCGAGACAGAAAUUCAGGUAUUUCUACCUAGGCGCGUGGAAAUUAUUCAGAGACGCGCGAACGCGCUCAGAAUUUCUCCGCUCGAGUGGAACAUCGAUAAUUUAUAUGUGACGCUUGCUGGAGUACGGUCUCGAAGGUGAAGCGUAAUUUAGAUCCGCGCACGGUUUCCGUCGGAUAGAACGAAUCGGCGAGAAUCGGUAACGAAUGUAACGUAUCGACUUUAUAAAUUCGUAACAAUGCGAUUAAAAACGACGCGGAUGCUUGACGAGGAAAUUAAUCGUUCGACAAGACAGUGGUUUUGGACAAAGUUUACCCAUUUGUUUAGUUUCCUAUUUAGACGUAUGAUAUUUCGUAUUUCGUAUUUUGUAUUAAUAGUAUCUUGAUCGUUACACCGGCCGCUAUUCCUCCGUUGCAUUGGCGCGUUCAAGCGCAAGAAAUCGACCACUUCCCUCUUACGAGCCGGUGCUUUUUGCGGUCGGUCAUUAACUGCAUAGUGGCGGGUUUUCGAUGCGCGCAAGGGAAAGUCUCGCUUCGAGGAAUCCCGGGAGCGGUACGUUGAAAUCGUAAAUCGAAGAAGAAGUCUCGGAACAGUCCGCGAAUGCGACUUUCUCGCUCGCUACCACCUCCUAUUUUGGAGCUAGUCACCAGUAUCUGUCUAUCUCGCGGACGCUUCGAAUUCUCCUUUUUCUUUCGUCGAUUUCGUUCGUCCAACAAUCGAUGAUCUAGUUCCAGAGUAACGAGAUGCAAGGACGGAACGUGCAACGUGAACUUUUUGCCUGCCGCGUCAACAGCCGACUUUACAACCAAUUACGACCCGACUGUUCAGCCUAAUUAUAUAACGUCGACUUUCUGAUCGUUCUUGCGAAUGACCGAGCCGAACGAUUCCUACGGUUGCUUCGAGUCGCGGUGUUACGGUCUCCCGUUCAAGUUUCGUUAGCCGACAUGACGCCCGACGUUCCUCGCAUUCGAGAAACGAAGCUUAAAGAAUUGGAUUUGGCGAGCUAUCAAAUUGAAAUUUGCUUUGACAUUCGUUUCUUGUAUAUUAUAGAACGCGAUAAAAAUCGCGAUAAAAAUGGAAUAUCUGUGGUAGAAAUCGACGUAUGGUAAAAUUAGAACGAUUAUACGUAUACGUGUAUCAGAAUCAGAUAUACAGCUCGCUUUGGAUCGCAUAUAACCGAACCGAGAUCGUUUUUCAACGUCUUAGGUGAUCGAUAAAAAGUCCCAAAGAGGAAAACUUUCGUUUCAUCAGAGACCUAAACGGCCUGAUUCCGUGACCACGUGAAGACGUUUUAACGCGUUGGCUCGUUAGCACGUUGACCCGCGGUACAUAACAGUAAGUUAUGUUAAUUCCAUUUGCAAUACCGAUCAUCAACUAAAUCGCAUUAAAUGGAUGUUACGUUUAAACGUAAGUUGAAAUUCAUAAAACGUGAUUUACACCGCUAUGAUUUUCAGUCUGCCAUAAUUCUCAUCCUAAAUUUAUCAUCUGUCCGUACCAGUAUGCUUCUCAUUGUUCCUUCCACGUUCCCUAAAAAACACGCGAUAUUUCUCAAUACGUGCUAAUAUAUAAUGUUUGCCUGGAACUAAUAGCCCGUGAAAUUAAAAGCAACGCCGACGUUAGGCAAUCUGGCGAUCAACCUGCCGUCACGAUUGUCAAAUUUGAUUAUCGAGCCUGACGCAAUCAAUUUAUUGGUUGACCGCCUUCUGCCGCGUACGAGACACGGUAUAAUUCAUUCACCACCCCCGUUAAUUACGCAACAGCUUUCGUUCGACGCACUAAUUCAUAGCCGCGAGCUCGAUACAACACGGCCGGCUUCGUUGAUCAUCGUUAAGUGGUACCAGACACGUUUCAUUGCCCCUUUAACAACGUUAUCUCGAUGUACGGCACGGAUAAGAUCGUUCGAUGUUGUGCACUUAGGAGACAAAUCUGUCGAUCGAAAAAAUUAAUUUUUCACCACGUUACCGACGAGAUAUCGUUGCCCCCUCUUGGAAGAAAUAAAACUGACGAUUCGUAAAUGACGAAUGACAUUUGCCGUAAUUAAUAUUCGUAUUUGCUUCGACAAAAGGAAUUCACGAUUCUCACAUGCGCGUGUUCAGCUUAGUAGAAUUAGCAAAAUCAUACUAUUCGUUUUUGGACUCUUUUACACUCAAGAAUGGUCCAUGCAUGAUCAUACUAAUGGUACAAAUUCGUUUAUCUAUGAACGCAAUUACGAGGAGAUGAUUGUUUUACUCGUUGAAUAUUAUAAACAGCGCUCUGAGGUGAAUAUCUUUUUGUAUUUCUGGAUAUUAUGUUUAUUCUGUAGAUUUUUGCAUACUCGAGUUCUCCGCGGUCUAUUUACGAACGAAGGAAAACAGAUUCUUAAAGAAACUGGGUUUAGGAAAAACUUGUAAACGAUCAUCCUGUGCGAUCAUAUAACGAGCGGUAAGAGUUAAAAUUAUGUUUGAUUAUUGGGAUUAUUCGAAACAAUAAGGUUUCAUACAUGGCAGUGACUUGAAUUUAGUUUUAAUUUCACACGAUUUAAAUCGCGUUAUCAUUUCAAAACGUAAAAAUGAUGUUCGUUCUGAUUUUAGGAGAUAUCGUGCACGGUUACCAAGAUGAAUUGAAGAAUCUGCGAUUCAUGCUGCUUCAAGACGAGGUGUUUUGGAGCUGACACAUUCUUCUGUUCCUGCCACUGGGGUGAUUCCCCGAACUCAAGGAUGCGGUGGGCAAGGAGACACGACAGCUACCAUCACUGAAAUCCAUCUUCUACCACCUGAAACCUGCGACUGCCAGCCUAAUAAGGCCACCUGGAAUCCGAUCCAAAAACAUAAACCACCACGAGGACGAAGUACCAAACCUAUUCCAUGGAUCUAACGGAGGCAUUCGCCCCAGGAGGGGGUGGGGAAGAUCUGCCAAAGACCGAUUUCUUCGACUUCGUCGUCUCUCCGCCACCGCACUGUGCCUCCACGGACGGCGUGUCCGACGAAGAAAGCUUCCUGCAUCGUACCACCUGCAGAAGCAUCGGCUACCUCCAGCAAGGUCACGAGGAACACGAAACUAAUCGCGAAUUGCACAGCUCGCCGUUCAUCAAAGAAACCAACAACAACACUCUGACAGCACUACCCCCAGUCUCGACGAUUACUGGCUCCCUCAGCCACCAUCAUCACCAUCACCACGUGAGGACGCACCAUAGCGCCUGCAACGUUCAACAGAGCAACGAGCAAACACCGAUGGAUCAGUCGGAUUGCGAUUAUUGGGGCACGGACGAGAGCAAAGAGCAGACCUGUAAUAUACUCUUGGAAGACCUGAACAAGUACUGUUGGUCGGCCCACGCUAAUGCUCAGAGCCACGGGAAUGAUAACGUGAGCGUUCAUCAAGGUUCUAACGAGCAUCAUCAAGGAGUAGGUCGAGGAUGCUCAGCCAACGACAGACAAAAUACGGACGGCGCGAUUUACACGUUGACCGUGUUGAACAACGAAGCCAACUCUAUGGAUGCAUUAGACUGUUGCAAGAGUCCAGCGCCCACGUCCAGUGAUUCUUGGUCUCUGCGACCCAAUCUAGACCUGGACGCUAUACUGAGCAUGGAACCUGCGUCUACCGAGCAGGAACACGAUCAGACCAGUAGCGUGACCGAAGUGUCGCGGACAGUCAACGACAGGUUUCAUCCAGAUCGUUUCUCCGUUGCAUCCUCCCAAUAUGCUACAGACGACAGCGGAUUUGUCGAAAGUAAGGAAUUAUGCGGCCGAGGAUCAUCCAGUGGUGGCAAUUGCACAGGAGGCGAUAAUAAUAACGAUUGGAAGCUUUCUGACCAGAAUCUGCAAGAAGCUGCGGCCGCAGCUGCGGCUGCUGUCGCGGUUGGAGCAGGUGACUCGGCGGAGAGUCUUCUAAGAAGCGCUCUUCAAGGAAAAUUGUACACUGGUCCGACUCAAGUAGUUUCGUCUUCCUCGCCGUCUACUCAAGGAUCUACUAUAUCCAUGCCUGUCACGAGCAACGCUGGGUUGCAGAUAGUGUCCGACCAACAACCGCAGCAACAGCAACAACAGCCUCAACAACAGCAACCGCAGCAACAACAGCAGGAUGAAUCUAUGCAUACUUGUACCGAUGAAGAUCUGUUGCUGUCCCAGUUGGACCAAACGACCUAUCGUCCCGGUGAUUACGAGAAGCUGAAGAGCAUAGCCAACGAAGUGGUAGAGUCGUACUGCAGUUUGGAGCCCGUUUGCAACGUGUCUGCGACGACAACGGUUAUGUACACGCUAGAUCCAACCAGUGGGAGUCUGGGAACGAUAACUCUUCCCGCAGAUCUGGGCCAAGUUAGCACGGUUACAGUAGUAACAGCAGCUCAGCAGGAUGUUCUACAGCAACAAGCUACUCCUCGAACCGAAGUGGAGCAACAGCAGUCCACCAACCAGCUUCAAAUAGCUCCGUCCAGAGUGGUUACAACUAAAGCUCCCAAAAAGUACUGUCGACGUACCAACAGAAACAGCAGCAACUCGAACGCAGCCAGCAACGGCAGCAGUGGUUCAGAGACCGGUGGAAACACCAGUGGAACGCAGCAAGGCGCUUCCGGCGGUUCACCAGGCAGCGUCCAACGCAAGGAACGUUCGCUGCACUAUUGCAGUAUCUGUAGCAAAGGCUUCAAGGACAAAUACAGCGUCAACGUUCACAUCAGAACUCAUACCGGCGAGAAGCCUUUCGCCUGUUCCUUAUGUGGCAAGAGUUUCCGACAGAAGGCGCACUUGGCAAAGCACUAUCAGACCCACGUGACGCAGAAGCCCAGUGUCCAACAGCAAGCGACCGGCAGUAGCACCAGCAACAGCGGAAACAGUGGGAAUCCCAGUCCAUCCGGCGAAACGAGUAGCUCGACGACGAGCAACGUGACAAAUAGGAGUCAACCGCACCAAGUGUCCGUCGAUCCAGCGGGGACCGCCUGUAAUCCACCCAGUUAGUUGCAUUGGGAGGACCAGACGGCCCACACCCGGUUCCCAGUGUCCAGUUGGACGCGUUCGAUCGUUGCUACUCCAUUCUCUAUUCCCGGUGGCACGGUGCGGAUUUUGCACGACGGUGAUGGUCAACGAAGGAUACACCGUGCGAGUCUUCCUCUAUUACUAUUCACUUCUACGUAUCUCUCUUUCUGUCUCUUUAAUUCUUGCUCUUCCCUACCCUCGUUUCUCUGUCUCUCUGUUUCUUCAUACUCUUCGAUUACGAUCUUCGUUCACUUGGAGAGACCGCGCGGGAAUGAUUUACGACCAGACAGGUCGCGGAACCCCCGGCACAGAGCGAACCAUGACCAAGGAUCGCGAGAUCGGCCAACGUCCAUGGACUAAUUUUUAGACAGGCGUCUCGCGAUCUCGUCUUAGAGAGAAUUUCCUGCUGAUUGGGAGAACGAUCCGGGAUAUUUAUUCGAGUUGCACGCGGCGGUGCUCAUGAGUUACGCCAGAAAGAGCGAACUGGUAGCCGCUGGUAGCUGAUCCUCGUAAAGCGCAUGGGCUUCAGCGAGCCACGCCGUGGAACGCUCCCUCGAAAGCUUUCCUUUCUAGGCGUUUCCGAUAUCGCGUGUGGUCGUUGAAAGAGAUAUAGCGAUAUCGUAAAUUUGCAAAGAAAUAGAAGUUUAUGGACUUUGAGAAUCGAGUAAUUUGAGUCGUUUUGAGAGACUGUUCGAGGACACUUUGAGAGAGGAUCUAGAGCUUCAUUUAGAGCCGACUGAUGUCAAGUCGUUGUCAGUAGCAGUUUUUCCUUUGCUUGCUAUUUUCAAAGAUUCGUUUCCUGAAAGACAAGAUUACAUCUAUAUUGAUCUAUAUAACUUGAAAUGAAAACUCAUAGCCGAGAUUGUGUAUCGAAACUAAGCUUAACUCGUGUUAUACGGAUUUUCCUAAUUAACGCAUGCGAGCAUUUGUUUAUUUUCACGUUAUGUUUGUUAAGCAUUAACUUAUUCCGAAUUUAUAUUCUGCGAGCUAGUAUUUUAUCACAUCGUUGGAUCUAAUAACGAUGAUCGAAGAAGACUAGGAUAAUUUAAAACAAAGGAGGUUCUUGUAAUCGGUGAAUUUAUAUUCUGCAAGCUCAGGUUUUAUAACACGUCGUUAAAUUUAACAACGAUGAUAGAAAUUGCCUUUGAGAAACACGUGUCGGUACCACCGUCUAACCGAAUCUAACGUUUCACUUUACGACCUCGCUAUAUCUCUUGCAGGCACUGUACCCUUGUCUCACGCGUAACAACGUUUUCUUAAUCGAAUGCCGUCCUUAGAAUCGCGAUCGAAUCGCGUAUCGUGAAUUUAUCCGCUAGAGAAUGAAGCUUCUGGCGACUUCCAUAGCUGUUCCUAUCGCCGAUAUAAAUUUCUACAUGUAUCGUUCGAUUUUUCUAACGAAUACGAUCUGUGAAUAGUGCACGCGCCUGGAAACUCGCAUUGGUGAUGCUCGUUACGAAGCGUGUUAUUCCGGUCGAUAAGUUCACGAUGAUUAGGUUAAGCAGGCGAGCAUAGAUCGCCCUUUAUUUUUUUAUUCACAUAAUUAAUUAUUCCUCGUUCGAUAUCGAUUGAUCCAGGUCGUUUAACGCGUCUUAGAGGAAACAAUGGAAUAAAAUGUAAAAGUAUAAAAGCGAAGAGAAAAAGAGAGACGAAUAAAAGUAUGAAAACGCGAGAAAGAGAGAACGUCGAAGGAUUUUAAUAAAGUGGUGAGGAAGGAGGGGGCGGGGCAAGUCUACUAAACGAUCUUGAGCGAUCAAUUGAUUUCAAACGAGCUAUAGUCGAAUCGUCGAUCGACGGUGGUUCAACGCGAAACGAUUCGGUGAAAUUGUUGUUCCUAAAACGACUUGUUUGCUGUUUCAAACGAGAGAGAGAGAGAGAGAAAAAAUAAACAAGAAAACGACCACGUCGACGAUGAUCGUACACGAUGAUCGAUAUUUAAAAUACCGCUACGAGAUAUUAACGUUGAAGAUAUUUUACAGAGAAGAUUCUUUUUCUUCUUCUUUUUAUUCUCCUCCUUCUUCUACUUUCUUUCUCACCUCUUUUCUUCUGUCAUCUUUUGUUUUUCUUUUUUUUUUAUAUAUAUAUAUAUAUAUGUAUACACACAGAGACAUAUAGUAGACUAUAGCGGAUGUAACGUAGAAAUCGGUAAGUAUCAGAGUAUCGAGAGAGAGAUAUAUAAGAGUUUAGAAGUAAUUAGUAGCACGAGCUGUGAUUUAGAUACAUACUCAACGCGCGAGGCCACGCUCGUCCCUGGUUUAACCUGGCGAUCGCGUGUCCCGCCGUCUGUUAUUCGUAAGAGAGUGAAAGCGAAACGUUCGACGCACGAUUUUGCGAAGAAUUUAACCUUCGAAACACUCUUAAAAAGCCUGAUCGGUUCACACGAGCCUCGUUCGGAUCCCACGGAAAUCCCCCUUUCAGCUCUGUAAAGCUUCAAAGCGUUUCUAUCGCGAAUUCUCAACAAUACAAAAUGCGGCGCACUCGUUUCAUUCGUUCGAUAGAUGUUCGAACCUGGAGCUGCCUGUGACAUUCCGCAUCAUCAGAAAAACAUCCUUCCCCUUUUAUAGUAAAUUUCAUUUUCCAUUUCUUUUCUUUCGCGGUUAUUUCUUUGACCUUGCGGCCAAUCGACGAAUACCUUUUUCUCACUCAGAAGCUUAUUAAAUCGUGGAACGAAUCUGUCCACUCUGUUAAUACGUUUCUCGUUUAAACGUAAGAACCGGACACCGUACAAAAUCAAUUGGCCGAAGACUGUUUAUUCGUAUCGAGUUUUAUCUCUUCGUGGUCGAUGCGUUCACGCACCCUUGAAUUUCUCACAAAUACAGAAGAAUUCUCAAUAUACUGUGCAAUCGACGACCAAAACCGUCGUCAAGAUAUGGCAGGCGAAGGAGCAAAAGAUUAAAGAGAGGAAGCGGAACCAAAAUAAUUCACAAAGUAAAACGAAUUACGAAUUCGUUCCAACUUACAGUUAACAGUCUCGAGUAAGCAAUUGAUUUUGGACGAACAGUGCGGCAAUUCUUCCGUCGGUUCUUAUCUCGAUCCUCGUUACCAGUGGCUCAGAGAAGAUAACUCCGAAAGAAAAGACAGGAAGAACAGGCUCAGCUAUCAAGCAAACUUUUCAGCUGGAAACUGCCUUUGACCUUUCAACGAUCGUUUCCCACGACUACAUUUCCCUGCCGAAUCGUUAAGCGGCCAAGCAAUUAACGACCGUUUAAUCGGCGCGGUUCCCUUGGUGUUCAAAGUCGCGUUGCUCAUUGUCCUUUCGUGUUCACAGCCGUAAAUCCUGUUCACUACCACGAUGAGAUAUAAGCUCUUGUCUAAUUUAUAUUUCAAAGCCUCUUUAUUUUGUAAUAAUUCGUAGAGUAAUUUUUAUUUGGCUAUUUAUUGUAAUGGUAAUCAAUCAUUGGUUGUUAUCUAGUUUUGGAGAUUGAAUAAAGUUUUAAUACGAAA